AUGAGAGAACUUCUAAAGCUUGGAAUACUUGGAGACCUGCUGAAAGAAGUUGAGUCUGCAAAGCUAGAGGGCUACCUACGUGGGCUCACUUACCUGGACACGGCACGACGUGUGACACCCAUCUCACAACCUCCAAUAGAAAUGGAUGUCUCAAGCAGUCUCCUUACACUCUUCGCACAUGCGCAGCAGUUACAGAGAUGUCUGGAAGGAGAGCUACAGGCUUCAUCGCACAGUCACUGGAUGGAACUUGCAGUGUGCCACUUCCUACGCUCAUUGAGUGCAAUCACAUGCCAGAUGACAGCUGAGCGCGAAGAGAAAAUGGACAAGUUCAACUUCACUGUGUGUAAGAGGAUUGAUCUACAAUUUACGCACAUUUUUUUGCCCACCGUUUAUGUCCUUGUGUGCAUAAUUGGAAUUGUUGCAAACGUCUGCGGACUGAAACUGGUGUUUAAUCGAUGGAGGACACUUGGUGACAUAAAAGUUUUCAUUUUGAAUCUUGGAAUUGCCGACUUACUGUACGUCUCUACGCUUCCGUUCCUAAUCAGUUAUUACGCAGCUGACAGCACUUGGAUGUUUGGAACUGUAUUUUGCAAAAUAACACGAUUUUGCUUCAACUUAAACCUCUAUGGCAGCAUCGGGUUUUUAACCUGCAUUUGUGUUUACAGGUAUCUUGGUAUUGUCUAUCCCAUGAAAAGUAAAGGCAUUGUGAACACACGGCUCUCGGUGGCCAUAAGUGCACUUGUUUGGACUUUGGUAAUCAUUCAAAUUCUCCCUGAUAUGUUCUUUGAAAAAUCAGCGUUAAAUUCCACACGAUCCUGUUUUGAUACAACUGGCAACAACCGUAUCAAGGAUUACCUGCCGUACAGCAUCGGCUGGACUAUAACGGGAUUUGUCAUUCCUCUACUUGUCAUCCUUGUCUGCUACGGGCACGUGGCAUUCGUCCUCAUGACCAAGGCGAAUAUCAACACUCUGUUGAAGCAAAGGAGCCUUAAAUUGGUCAUAUUUUUGACUGUGUUGUUUUCUGUGUGUUUCGUUCCAUAUCACAUUUUAAGAAAUCUUAAUUUGUCUACGAGGAUUUUGAAAAUGGAGGGAAUCUGCUACAAAACUUUUGACGAUAUUUAUUUAGCCUAUCAAGUCAGCAGAGGACUCGCUUGCUUGAACAGCGCCAUCAAUCCACUCAUCUACCUGGUUGGCAACGACGAAUUUCUUAUGCGUUUUCACAGCUUAAGUAAAAGAACUCGAAGGUCAUUGGCGCAACUGAGCGAUGCUGUAAUUUACCGCAAACAAAGGGAGAUGGAUUCUACGGUAAAUACGGAGGCAGAGCCCAAUACUGUUACUCUGUUGUCACCUUGAACUUUCAGGACUUUCUUAUGUGAACAGCAGUUGAGGUUAUAUAGGUUAUUGCACUUGUUCAAUUGUUAUGCUGUAGUCUAGCCUAGCCUAUAGGCUAUA